AAACAGAGAUAGAACCUUAUAAUUCUAAGCUCACGAAUCAUCGUAUGCCAAUGUGCAUUGGCUCGUUUAGUUGCACUCAAAUUAGAUAGGCUCUCAAGUGAGAUCCCCAUUCAUCAGAAUUGCUUCUGAUGUACAUCUCCAUUCCCUCCUUGGGGAACGAGAGUUACCAUACGUAACAUAGAUGAUUUCUUUUAUGUCCAAAAAGGCUUUAUAGCAGAAAUAAUUUUAGGUUCUGUGGUGACACUUUACAGUAAGGGGCACUAACUGUGGUGGUUAGGGUUGUUCGCAAGGGGGAGGGCUGGUCCUAUGAGAAGCACUUUGAUAUUGCACUGUUGAUGAGAGAGUGUGUACAGAGUGAGAGUGAGAGAGCGAGAGAGAGACAGAACGACAGCAGAGCGCUCUGUAAACAGGCUGUCAGAGAAAGAAGUGCAGGGACAUUUUCAUCUGCUACAGCCAAAGGAGUGCAUUGCAUGCAACACUGAAGGAUAAUCACAAGAGGCAGAGAGAGAGAGAGAGAGAGAGAGAGAGAGAGAGAGAGAAUGUUUAAUUAAUUCAUAGAGGAGGGGAGGGACGUUUCUGCCGCUGACUGAGCUCAAAAAAGCAUUUUGUUUGUGAGCAGUCUGUGCUCUGAGCACCAUCACAUGAACAAGCAGAGGUAUAGGAUAACUCCGGUUGACAGGUCAUCCGUUGCUCAUCCCUGUGCACCCGUCAUCUCACCACAGCAGAGCUACUCCUACGACUGGUGGCACGCCACGCGCCUCACCUUCACACUGCCCUCGUCCUUGCGCCCUCCCUUGUUUCGCCAAUUCUCAUCAGGGACGCAAAUUCACCAUCUGCUCGUAAAGGAAAACAAUAUGAACAUGCCAGAUCAUACCAUCUUUUUCUCAUACCUCACCUGAGGACAAUCAGCUUGGUUCCUUCAGCCUGCCGCAAGCACUCUGAUCAGCGAGAUGGGAGACUGGGUGUGUCUGAGCCCAGCCGAAUUCUCCCAGCUGCAGCAGUACAGUGAGUAUUCCUCCAAGAAGCUUAAAGAUGUCCUUGAAGAGUUUCAUGGAAAUGGUGUCCUCUCCAAGUACAACCCUGAACAGAAGCAAGAUGUUCUCAACCAACCCAUCGACUAUGAGGGUUUCCAGCUAUUCAUGACGACCUACCUGGAGAAUGACAUCCCUGAGGAACUGUGCAAACACCUCUUCACUUCCUUUAAGAGCAAGAAUGGCGGAGGCAGCUCCCCUGACACCUCUCGAUCUGGAGCAGGCAUGCUGGGUAUGAAUGGAAAGAGUAUUUUGAGUGCAAUGAGCCGACAUUCACCAGAGAACUCUGUAGGGAUGACUCCAGGCUCAGGGGCCACCACGUCUCCCUGCUCGUCCCGCUCCUCCUCACAGCGAUCAGGCACAGGGGGCCACACACCCAGAGGCCCCCACCGGUCACCCAGCAUGCACCCCAGACCCCCAGCGGGCAGCAGCAGCAGCAAUGCUUUGGCUCUCUCCAAGACCUCAAAUUCCCCGCGCCUUUCCCCAGAGCGUAAUCAAUCUGAGAAUCGUACAUCUCUUCAGAGGAGUCCUUCACCACAAAAUGGCUCUCCAUCGCCCCAAGUGGUCUUCCUUAAAGACAUUGUGUGCUACUUGUCUCUGCUGGAGAGGGGGACACCAGAGGACAAGCUUGAGUUCAUGUUCAGGCUGUACGACACAGAUGGCAAUGGCCUACUGGACAGUUCGGAGCUUGACCGCAUAAUAAAUCAGAUGGUCCAUGUAGCCGAGUACCUGGAAUGGGACUCUACAGAACUACGGCCGAUUCUUAAGGAGAUGAUGGAGGAGAUUGACUAUGACCGGGAUGGAACGGUCACACUAGAGGAGUGGAUCAGAGGAGGAAUGACCACCAUACCACUUCUGGUACUGCUAGGAAUGGAGACUAAUGUACAGGAAGAUGGGCAGCACGUAUGGAGACUAAAGCAUUUCAACAAGCCAGCAUACUGUAAUUACUGCCACACAAUGUUGUUAGGAGUACGAAAACAGGGCCUUUGCUGCGCAAUAUGCAAGUACACAGUCCAUGAGCGCUGUGUGUCCAAAGACAUUGCUCCUUGCAUUAGCACCUACGCCAAGUCCCGCAGACACACCAAUGCUAUGCAGCAUGUUUGGAUUGAGGGCAAUUCCCCAACAAAAUGUGACAAAUGUCACCGCAGUAUCAAGUGCUAUCAAGGUCUAACAGGCCUUCACUGUGUUUGGUGUCAAAUCACUCUCCAUAACAAGUGUGCGUCCAAUGUGAAGCCUGAGUGUGAUGGUGGACCGUUAAAAGAUCACACACUCCUGCCCUCGUACAUUUGCCCUGUUGUUCUGGACCGUCAAUGUGCUGUCAAAAGAGGUGAAGGAGAAUCAUCCCCCAGUACCAGCCCUGAGGACACUGGCCAGUGUUUCAAGUUCACCGGGGACGGCCAGGCACUGCAGAUCACACCUCUGCCUGGAACACACCCCCUUCUUGUGCUGGUUAAUCCUAAGAGUGGUGGUCGGCAGGGUGAGAGGGUGCUGCGGAAAUUCCAGUAUCUGCUUAACCCCAGACAGGUGUACAGUCUUGAACAAGGAGGACCCAUGGCAGGUCUCAACUUUUUUCGAGACGUGCCUGAUUUCCGUGUGCUGGCCUGUGAGGCGAUGAUCAGUAUGAAUGGAAAGAGUAUUUUGAGUGCAAUGAGCCGACAUUCACCAGAGAACUCUGUAGGGAUGACUCCAGGCUCAGGGGCCACCACGUCUCCCUGCUCGUCCCGCUCCUCCUCACAGCGAUCAGGCACAGGGGGCCACACACCCAGAGGCCCCCACCGGUCACCCAGCAUGCACCCCAGACCCCCAGCGGGCAGCAGCAGCAGCAAUGCUUUGGCUCUCUCCAAGACCUCAAAUUCCCGCGCCUUUCCCAGACAUGUAACUGGCAUCCUUCCAGAGCGUAAUCAAUCUGAGAAUCGUACAUCUCUUCAGAGGAGUCCUUCACCACAAAAUGGCUCUCCAUCGCCCCAAGUGGUCUUCCUUAAAGACAUUGUGUGCUACUUGUCUCUGCUGGAGAGGGGGACACCAGAGGACAAGCUUGAGUUCAUGUUCAGGCUGUACGACACAGAUGGCAAUGGCCUACUGGACAGUUCGGAGCUUGACCGCAUAAUAAAUCAGAUGGUCCAUGUAGCCGAGUACCUGGAAUGGGACUCUACAGAACUACGGCCGAUUCUUAAGGAGAUGAUGGAGGAGAUUGACUAUGACCGGGAUGGAACGGUCACACUAGAGGAGUGGAUCAGAGGAGGAAUGACCACCAUACCACUUCUGGUACUGCUAGGAAUGGAGACGAAUGUACAGGAAGAUGGGCAGCACGUAUGGAGACUAAAGCAUUUCAACAAGCCAGCAUACUGUAAUUACUGCCACACAAUGUUGUUAGGAGUACGAAAACAGGGCCUUUGCUGCGCAAUAUGCAAGUACACAGUCCAUGAGCGCUGUGUGUCCAAAGACAUUGCUCCUUGCAUUAGCACCUAUGCCAAGUCCCGCAGACACACCAAUGCUAUGCAGCAUGUUUGGAUUGAGGGCAAUUCCCCAACAAAAUGUGACAAAUGUCACCGCAGUAUCAAGUGCUAUCAAGGUCUAACAGGCCUUCACUGUGUUUGGUGUCAAAUCACUCUCCAUAACAAGUGUGCGUCCAAUGUGAAGCCUGAGUGUGAUGGUGGACCGUUAAAAGAUCACACACUCCUGCCCUCGUACAUUUGCCCUGUUGUUCUGGACCGUCAAUGUGCUGUCAAAAGAGGUGAAGGAGAAUCAUCCCCCAGUACCAGCCCUGAGGACACUGGCCAGUGUUUCAAGUUCACCGGGGACGGCCAGGCACUGCAGAUCACACCUCUGCCUGGAACACACCCCCUUCUUGUGCUGGUUAAUCCUAAGAGUGGUGGUCGGCAGGGUGAGAGGGUGCUGCGGAAAUUCCAGUAUCUGCUUAACCCCAGACAGGUGUACAGUCUUGAACAAGGAGGACCCAUGGCAGGUCUCAACUUUUUUCGAGACGUGCCUGAUUUCCGUGUGCUGGCCUGUGGAGGCGAUGGAUCAGUGGGGUGGAUUUUGGACUGCAUUGAUAAGGCCAAUUUUGCUCGACAUCCUCCUGUUGCGAUCCUGCCGCUAGGGACUGGGAAUGACCUCGCUCGCUGCCUGCGCUGGGGUGGAGGCUAUGAAGGAGGCAGUCUGGUUAAGUUCCUCAGGGAUAUUGAGCACAGCACCGAGUUGAUGCUUGACCGCUGGAACAUCGACAUUGUCCCUGAUGAUAAGGAGGAGAAGGGAGAUCCUGUACCCAACAGCAUAGUGAACAACUACUUUUCCAUCGGAGUGGACGCAUCCAUAGCGCAUCGCUUCCACUUAAUGAGAGAAAAACAUCCAGAGAAGUUUAACAGCAGGAUGAAAAACAAGUUGUGGUACUUUGAAUUUGGCACCACAGAGACCAUCUCAGCCACUUGUAAAAAGCUGAACGAAACCAUUGAGGUGGAGUGUGAUGGCAUCAUCUUGGAUCUCAGCAGCACGGCUCUGGAGGGUAUCGCUGUGCUCAAUAUUCCCAGCAUGCACGGGGGCUCCAACCUGUGGGGCGAGUCCAAGAAAAGACGGAAUUACAACCGCAUGAGUAAGAAAGUGCCAGAGAGAAUGACUGGCAGCACUGUCACCGAUGCCAAGGAGCUCAAGUUUUGUGUUCAAGAUCUGAGUGAUCAGCUUCUGGAGGUGGUGGGUUUGGAAGGAGCCAUCGAGAUGGGUCAGAUAUACACGGGUCUCAAGAGCGCUGGGCGGCGCCUUGCACAGUGUUCCAGUGUCACCAUCAGGACGUCCCGGCUUCUGCCCAUGCAGAUCGAUGGAGAACCGUGGAUGCAGCCUCCAUGCACGAUACGGAUCACGCAUAAGAACCAGGUGCCUAUGCUGCUGGGACCGCCACAGAAAACUCCCUUCUUCUUCUUCAAGAAGCGCAACAGAAGUCGGGACUAAAUGUGAGACUCCAAAAAUCAGCCACUCUUCUGCAAUCAUACAAACACACUUAAGCAUCUCCACCUUACCAGCCUCUUCUUUGUCUUUGGCUAGUGGGACCCAAAGAGAAGAGACUUUUCAAACACCUUUGUGGAACAAAUCAAAACAAAUAAAACACUGCAAUGGGCCUCUGAUAGACUCCAUCUCUCAACACAGCCUGGCUGAACCAGUUAAACGGACCUCCUCUGAAUGUCAUGACCACUUCCUGUGUCUUAUCAUCCAGAAUGUCUUAUCAGAGACUCGUGACCUGUAAGCUAUGACUCAAAUUCCAACCAAAUUCCCCCUACCAGUAGGCCACUGCCUCGGGAUCACACUGUGUGCCCUCUCCCUCCUCUUGAGACGGCUCAUCAGAAGAUACUGCCAAUUUCCAAGAGAAAAAGAGAGAGUGAGAGGCAGGACCAGAGGAGCAAGAGACUCACUCAGUAAAUGGACAAGAAGUGUGAUCAAGUGAAAAGAGAAGGAGAGCGAGACACCCUGGCACAAUAAUGUUCUUCACAUGACAGUUGGUGGUACACAUACAGUAUGGACGUCACUGGGCCCUGGCUUAGCCUAACAGGACCAGGGAACAAACUUUCCUCCUAAAGGAGCUUACUGAAUUAUACAUCAGUGCAUGCAAAGCACUCAUUCCAGUGCCUCUCUAAGGCUCUACAACAUGCCACCACUAAAGAGAUGAAACGGCAAACUCAUCCAUUAUGAAGAUGUUUAUGGGGGUCUGCUGAUAGGGAUAGGUUAGACUGGCCUGAAAGAGAUGUAGCAUUUCAGCUUCUGUAGUUUGCCCCGGGCAUUUUUGGUGUUCGCCCUUAGGCCGCAAAACUGACCAGUGCAAGUUGUUACAGAAAGCUGGAUGUUUAUUUAAUCCUAUACUCCCCUCUAAAACAACAGCGCUAGUGCUCAGUGUUGAGAAUGGACCUAUAGUCUUUUAAAAAAGAAAACCCUUAGAAAAGAGAAUGCGUACUAAAACUGUUUUACCAAUUAUCAUUUAUUAGCAAAGUGGCAAAUUUGUGCAAUAAUUUUAUUAUAUUUUUAAGCCAAAUCAAAAAUAUUGUGCCAUUCAAUUUAGGGGAAGAUUCCAUUGGAUUUUCAUUGAAAUACCCUGCUGACAAAAAAACAGUCUAUGCUGGUUUGCAUGUCUGUUGUCUGGAUUUAGAUGGGUUUGGGGCACCAGCAAGACCAAAUGAAGAACAACUUACAACAACACAAACUUUUUGCAUUUGUUUUGUUUAAAUAGACCUGAAAAAUGGCAGACCAGGAGAAUGAAAAUGCAACUUCACUCUCUGACAGUAGGUGGCGUUUACAGAAAAGAAGAACGUCUGUAGUUUUAUGUAACAGUAGUGGCUCAGCAUGUGACCUAUAGCACAAAUCUUAUUGUUUGGUUUCUUCCUAGUGCUAUGGCUUAGAUCACUCUUUAUCUGUUGCAUUAAUGGCAUGUAAUUGUUUAUAUCGGUCUGAACAGCUGCAAUAACAGUCAUUCAUUCAAUUGAAAUGUUUAUACGACUCGUUACGUUGAUUAUACGUUUAUAUUUUCUCAACAAACAUUUAUCUUGCCGUGAACUAAGACCAGCAAACCAAUUUAGGCGCUUUCAUGCCAGUUUUGUCAGCGAGGUAUGAUUUGAAUUCAAUUAUUUACAAUUGGAAAUAACAGGAAAAAUAAUAAUGGUAAUGCUUUAUGACUUUAAGGGUCAAUUCAUUAACAUUAGUUAAUGGAUUAGAUAUCAAGAACUACAGCAUUUAUUAAUCUAGUUUAACCCUAAUUUAUAGUGCUGUUCAUUGUUAAUUCAUGUAUAUUCAGAAUAUAUUCAAUAAUAUUGAUUUUCACUGCCUAAAUGUUCAAAAAUCUAUGAAUAUAUGUAUAAAAUAGCGUUGACCAGAAUUAUUAAAUGCUGUGAAAGUUAUUAAUUGUUUGUUUAUGAUCGCAAACACAUUAACUAAUGUUAAGAAUUUGAAUCAAAGGAGGUGUUACAAAAAUAAGAAUUUAAAGAAAAUGUUCUUUGUAUUUCUGAGAAAGUCUCCGCUGUAGCUUACAGCAUCUACCUUAAGAGACGGGCUGAAAUCAAUUGAGCGCUGGUACAGUACGAACACUGAAUCCUUUGGUCCUCGUCUGUCACAACAAGCUACUGCAGUGGGGUUUGAUUUACUGCUGCAUGGACAGAGCCUAAAUUUAACUUCCUAUUUCAGGGAGUGAAACACUAUUCCUAAUUGCAGCAUGAAAACAUGAGCUCACAAUUUCAGGUCGUCAGUUAAACGGGUGUGAUAGCGAUCCAGAUGAAUGAAAAGAAUGUUACAGUCACUUCAAGAUCCAAAAAGUGAGCUUUUUCAUCUUUUAGCCCUUCUGAGAAGGCCUGUGAAGAGUAUUUAACCUAAAGAUGCCCACUAUGUAUCAGUAUUUGUAUAAUCCAAGAGCCUUGUUUGCAUAUAUUAUGAAUGUGCUUAAAGGUAUAACUUAAUAUAGUAUCAGAGCAGUGAUGCCUAAUGGGUCACAUGAUUGACUGUAGCCAUCAGGCAGAUGUGCCUGAUAUAGAUCAACAUACAGUGAUCAUCAGAUGCUUUCGCAGUGUGCUGGAGGGUCUGUGUUGGAACUGUAUAUAUGUUUCACCAAUACAGAACUGGGGUCAGAGUGAUUUAAAGUUCAGGUGUGGGCUUUGGAAACUGAGCUUUUACCAGGGUUAGCAGAUUAAUGUUCCCUUUAAAGAACACUGAACCGCAGAAGCUACGCCAGUGUCCUAAAAAACAAAAAAUAAUAAUAAUCUCUCCAUAUGACCACAGAACUGACGUCCACCUCCAGACGAUGGCUUUAUCAUAGAAGUGAAUGUUGGAUUAGGCUAAUAGAGCCCCAUUGUUUCUGUGGUCAUUGGACAGAUGGUUUAUUCAGUGUGACAGCCUGGUGUUUAAAGAACGGCGGUUUGGUUACGAGUGCAUGUUUACAACUACUUUUCAUUUUACAGUUUUGAAUUAUUUGAAACAGUCAUGUAUAUAUAGAUAUUGUUUAUAUUUUCUCUAAAGUUUAGCCACCGCAUGCCUGCUGAAACAAAGAAGACAAAGACGUCUGCUUGAAGAGAGACCACGCUGAUUGUUGCUACCUUAUUAGUUUCAUAUUAUUAUAUUUUAGACCCUAUCCAAGCCCCUUGUAUCUAUCCACUGUACUUUCCCUUGAUCCGUUAGUAGCAUGUUCAUUGUACAAAUACCUCUGUGGCAGUUCUUUGUUCUGUUUUGUAUUUUGUAGAGGUUUGGCUCCAAUAUAUGCUGAUCACUGAGCAACUCAUGAAUGUCACCUGGAAAUGCCAUUUCUAAAUCGUACCUAUGUCCCCUUCUGUCCCAUUUCUGUGAAUAACUGAUAGCCUUAACUCACUGAUACGAAUAGCAUUUUGCUUGGAGCAAAGUAUUUUGCAAUACAAGUCACUGAAAAAUCAACCAAAUGAAGAAAAAAAAAAAAAAGAGGUCAACAUCUGUUUUGCUGUGUUGCAAUAAUUCAUUUUUGUUAGUGUCAUCACACUGGCCUAUACUAGCUCUUUUAUAGAAGGAAGGUGAUGGAGCGAUGUCCUGCACAUCACAAAGGAGCUUCAUGACCUCACAUACAUCUUCAUUUGUGGACUGACUGACAUUUAUCUAUUAUUUUUAGCCGUCCUAAAACUGUGAUUGCUCAAUCUGCCCAUCACUGUCUCUACUCUCAAAACAAUAAUCCAUUUUUAUCUGUCAAAACCGUGCUGCCUCUUGCAGGGUUGUGCUCUAUUCAGAAUUGAAUUGAGAAUGCCUUUUUAAUUCUAAUUAAAUGCAAGAUGCAGAAUUGCAUAUCGAAUGUGAAUGUAAGAAAGCAGAAUUAUGAACCAACGUUCAAAUAAUUGUCAUUUUUGAACAAAAAAUCUUUAUUUUCAAAGUUUUGCAAAGAUGUCUUGAAGUUUAAGGGGUUAGACAGAGACAUUGAUUGUUUGUUUGUUUGUUUGUUUGUUUGAUUGAUUGAUUGACCUGUGUUGAAUUUCUUUGAAUUACAAUACAUUAAAUUACUCUUACUGUCAUUCCAGUUAAAAUUCGUGAGGGACAUGGGCAAUUCUAUUUAAAUUUCUCCCCAUGAUUUGAAAAGGUGCAGAUUCUUCAAUUCUUAGUUUUGACCAACCCUGGACCCUUGAAAUUUUUAAGGAAGGUGAACCACAAUCCGAGACUUAAAUAUGAUCUUUUAAGCAUCAUUGCGUUGCCCUCUAACAAUGAGAACCAAACAGAUGCUCUCUCUUUUACUGCUCAUCUUACCAGUCUCGUAGAGACAGUAUGGCUUAUCUCAGUGUUAGUGCUCUAUUGUUAGCUGGGACAGUUGAACAGUAUUGAGAGACACUGAUGCAGUAGAGCCCAUAUCAACUCUGAAUGUGUUGUUCUACAUAUGUGUCUUAUUCCUGCCUUAGGGUUAAUGUGGUUUGUAGCAAUUCCCAUCUGUGUGGUAGGCAACAGAGUUCAAGAACAGGAGUCCUGCAGGGUGAGAGGGGGUUGCAGGGUGAAUCUUGCCCUUGACAGACCCACUUAGACUCUGUUACUCUGUUUCUUGUAAGCUUUUGGCAUCCAUGUUAAUGGACAAAAGAGUUUUAUUGAAUAAACAGAGAGACUGAA